AUGGAUGGUUCUAUAAACCUCCAAAUCCUUUUGGGUUUUGCUUUGUUCCAGAAUCUUCAGGCGAAGUUUGUUUGGAAUACAGGAGGAGCAUCUUCGCUAUUUGUGGCCCUUGCCUUGCCUUUGGACUUGGCCAAAGAGAAGUGCUUUCUGUCUUACAACUUUGAAGUAUCCUACCAACUGCCCAAGACUUGGAAAAGAAAGCCACCAUUUUUGAGAAAUGGCAAUGGCACUUAUGAUGAAAUGAGCAAUCAUGACCAUCAACAGUUUGAUGACUUCGUUUACGAUGACGUCUACGAUGAACAUGAAGGCUACCUUCCUGGUCACAAACACAGGCCCCAUCGCAACAAGAAAAGGAAGAAGACCAAACCCAAACCUGGCGCUGCAACGAAGCCAUUGAAAACUAAGCCCAAGCGCAAGCACAAACAUAAGCACAAACCAAAACCUAAGCCACCGCCAGAGGAGGAGGAGGAUGAUUCAGACUACAAGGACUUUUUUCAGGGAUUUCCCUUAGAUGGCAUGGGUGAACCCGUGGGCAGAGAUCGUGAAAAGAGGUCUUUACUUUCGCGUUCCAGGUUCUACGAGAUACUCAGCGAUCGCUUCGAACUACACGGCUUGGGAUCUGGCGACAGUUGUUUGUUAAGACUGAUUUGCGAGGCGAAUAGCUAUCAACUGGCGGAUAUCAAUGGAGUCUUGGGCAGUAUGGUUCAUGUAAUGUUCAGUCCCAGUAGCUCUCGAUAUGAGGCUUUACCCAAGCGUUACUAUAUUGCCGAAGCGGAGGGUGGUAAGGGAAACUGCAGAGCUUACCAUCAAAAAUGUCAGUAUAGUGUUCUCGAUUUGAUAACUAGGCGUCCGAUUAAUAAAAGAAAAUUUAAAUAG